AUGCAGCUGACGUGGAAAGACAUCCCUACGAUUCCAACUACCAAUGAUCUUCUGGAUAUUGUCCUAAAUAGAACUCAAAGAAAGACUCCGACGGUCAUCAGACCUGGUUUCAAGAUCACCAGAAUUAGGGCUUUCUACAUGCGUAAGGUGAAGUACACUGCUGAGGGCUUUGAGGAGAAAUUUGAAGAGAUUUUGAAAGGUUUUCCAAAUAUCAAUGACGUGCAUCCAUUUCACAGAGAUUUGAUGGAUACUUUGUAUGAAAAAAAUCACUAUAAGAUCUCGCUAGCAGCGGUUUCGCGUGCCAAAUCGCUUGUGGAACAGGUCUCGAGGGAUUACAACAGAUUGCUGAAGUUUGGUCAAUCGUUGUUUCAAUGUAAACAGUUGAAAAGAGCUGCGUUGGGUAGAAUGGCUACUAUUGUGAAGAAAUUGAAAGAUCCGUUGGCGUAUCUGGAACAGGUUCGUCAGCAUCUGGGCAGAUUGCCUUCGAUCGAUCCCAACACGAGAACUUUGCUGAUCUGCGGUUAUCCUAACGUUGGUAAAUCGUCGUUCUUGAGAUGUAUUACCAAGGCAGACGUGGAAGUGCAACCUUAUGCGUUCACCACCAAAUCGUUGUAUGUUGGCCAUUUCGACUACAAGUACCUUCGUUUCCAGGCGAUUGAUACGCCUGGUAUCCUGGAUAGACCCACAGAGGAGAUGAACAAUAUCGAAAUGCAGUCUAUUUACGCGAUUGCUCAUUUACGGUCUUGUGUUUUGUACUUCAUGGAUCUUUCGGAGCAGUGUGGUUUCACGGUCGAAGCCCAGGUCAAGCUUUUCCACUCUAUCAAACCUCUGUUUGCCAACAAGUCAGUCAUGGUUGUCAUCAACAAGACAGAUAUCAUAGGCCCUGAAGAUUUGGACGAGGAGCGUGCUCAGUUGUUGCAAACUGUCAAAGAACAGAGCGGGGUUGAGAUCAUGACUGCCUCCUGCCAGCUGGAGGAAAACGUUAUGGAAGUUAGAAACAAGGCGUGUGAGAAAUUGCUUGCCUCGAGAGUGGAGAAUAAACUGAAGUCGCAAGCUAGAGUUAACAACGUUCUCAAUAAGAUCCACGUCGCCACGCCGCAAGCGAGAGACGACAUGGAGAGGCCCGCAUACAUCCCUGAAUCCUUCAAGAAUCUGAAGAAGUACGACGCAGAGGACCCAGAGAGAAGAAUGCUAGCUAGGGAUAUUGAGGCAGAGAAUGGUGGUGCUGGUGUAUACAACGUCAACUUAAAGGACUCUUACCUGUUGGAAGAUGAUGAGUGGAAGAAUGAUGUUAUGCCUGAGGUCCUAAAUGGUAAAAAUGUCUAUGAUUUCUUGGAUCCCGAAAUUGCAGCAAAGCUUCAAGCUCUGGAGGAAGAAGAAGAAAAAUUGGAGUCCGAAGGUUUUUACAAUUCUGAUGAUGACGAAAUACCUUUUGAGGGUUUUGAUAAGGAUGAAGUCGAAGACAUAAAGCAAAAAGCCGCUUGGAUCAGAGAUAGACAAAAGAGGAUGAUUGCUGAGGCAAGAAAUAGGAAAUCUCUUAAGAACAAAGCCAUCAUGCCUCGUUCCAAGCUAAUCAAAUCCUAUAACCAAAUGGAGGAGCAUAUGUCUAAGCUGGGCCAUGACGUCACCAGUAUAAGAGAUAAGCAGAGAGUCGCUGCUGAAAGGUCUAGAUACACUGAAUCUGGUGCAGAUGUGGUAUUUGGAGCCAGUGAAUCACACGCUGGACCUUCGGCAAAUGGUGGUAAGUUAAGGCAGUCUGACAGAUUGCUGGACGGUGUCUCUGAUGGUGUGGCGAGAUCCAAGGCUGAUAGGGUUGCCAAGAUGCAAAGAAGAGAAAGAAACAGACUGGCUAGACAAGGUGAGGCUGACAGACAUUCUACCGCCUCCCUGCCUAAACAUCUGUUCAGUGGUAAACGUGGUGUGGGUAAAACUGAUUUCCGUUAG